AUGACCGAAAGGCAAUUGGAACAAUUUAAAAAUACUCCUAAAUUUUCCCAUCCAUUAAGUUUUCACUUCUGUUUCUGUCUUUCGUGUUUUUUAGUUCGAUUUUAUAGCCCAGUCGAAACUAGUCAUGUUUCUGGCAACAAUCGCAUUUAUUUUCUUACCCAACCUCCCAUUAGUUCGGUUUGUUUUUUUGUGUGUCAAACAAAGAAAUUAACUCGAGAGUUGAAUACGGAAAAUGUUCAACUCUAUGAUCGUAAAAUAUACGGAUUAGCCAACAGAUCGUCUCAUUUAAUUCAAAUUAAUGGCGGUCGUAAAAAAUUGCAGUUGAGAGGUUGA